AAAGUGACAGGAAGACUGCUGUCCUGAGGUGAGCUCUGAAGUGAUCUCGUCACACCCGCCCGUGUACACUGCAGCCGAUUUCCUCUGCACAUCUAUGACUCAACCCAGCAGCUCAGCCUCUGCAUGUGCACCUCACAGCAAAAUGCCGCUUCUCCACGUCCUCUGUGUCAUAUAUUUCGCUGCUGUCUGUACAGCUCAGGAUCUUCAAAAUGGGACUAAAGAGCCCUUCACCGAGUUACCACAAACUACGAUUGUUACAACCGUCUACGUGCCUCCUGUACCACUUCUGAAGAAUACAACACGCUGGCUGGACGUGUUCCCAACUGAGAAAGUGAAGCUCACCUGUGAAAUCACUAACAGCUCAGAGUGGACGUUCACCUGGUUCCACAAUGGAACAGAAAUUCCACCAUCCGAUUCCCAUCUGACUUUGUCCUCAGAGAAAUCGGUGCUCACAAUCACCGCAGGACCCACAUAUUCUGGACAAUAUAACUGUCAAGGUGUUCACAAAACAAAGUCCAAUAUAAAAACUCAACAUAGUAACUCCCUUAAAGUCACAGUUCACGAACAUCCUAGUUCCCUUUUAUACCAAAGUCCAAACGUUAAGAAGCUGUAUCCUGGAGAUUCCGUCAACUUUACGUGCAAAGUCAGUCCGGAAUUUCAAUGGGAAUACGUGUGGUAUCACGGUGACAAAGAAAUCCAGGCAUCAACUGAAAACUCCUACAGGAUAGAUGCGCUCAGUCCUUCUCACGGUGGACAGUACAAAUGCAGAGGCAGGAGAGCAGGGCUAGACGGGCCGUUCUCUGCUGGGACGUCUCUGCACGUCUCAGAAAUCCCUGUUGCAUCUUUGAGGAAGGUCACUGAGUGGAUGGACGUGUUUCCUGGUGAGACCGUGAAGCUGAGCUGUGGAGUGGAGGGCAGCUCUGACUGGACGUAUAUAUGGUACAAAGACGACGUGGAGGUCGUGGACAGUACUGUGUCUCUUGAAGCGAGUGGUGCUACUCUUUUCAUCAGUUCUGCCUCAGCUGCGCAUGCAGGACGUUAUAAGUGUAAGGGGCGCCUACAGCACAGGCCUGUCAACAGCAGCCUCAGCUCUGGACUUACUCUCAUGGUCUAUGCGAAAAAGCCUGAACCCAAAAUGACUCAAAAGCCAGAUGCUGUCAAGCUGUACGUUGGAGAGUCUGUGUCCUUUGAAUGCAAAGUGAACAAAUCGUCUGGUUGGGAAUAUCACUGGUUCAAGGAUGGAAGCUCAACUCUUAAAGGCAGCAGUCGUUUGAUCAUCAAUAAUGCCACUCAUAUGGCGAGUGGGACGUACCACUGCACGGCCUCAAGGGGCACGACGAACUACAACACAGAGGAGAGUGAGAAACGGAAGUUAGACGUGUCUGGAAUCCCUGUCGCAUCUUUGAGGAGGGUCACUGAGUGGAUUGACGUGUUUCCUGGUGAGACCGUGAAGCUGAGCUGUGAAGUGGAGGGCAGCUCUGACUGGACGUAUAUAUGGUACAAAGACGACGUGGAGGUCGUGGACAGACAGAGUGGCGCUACUCUUUCCAUCAGUUCUGCCUCAGCUGCGCAUGCAGGACGUUAUAAGUGUAAGGGGCGCCUACAGCACAGGCCUGUCAACAGCAGCCUCAGCGUUGGACUUACUCUCACGGUCUAUGAUCAGAAACCCACUGUCAUCCUGACAAAGGAUCCUGACUACGAGAAGAUGUAUCCAGGAGAGCCUGUCACCUUUGGCUGUCACAUCAAUGUCUCCUCUGGUUGGGGCUUUGAGUGGUACAAAGAUGGCUCUAUCCUCAGUCAAUCUUCAAAUAUAUUUUCAAAAACCGCUGUUGAAGAGAGUGAUGAUGGAACUUAUAAGUGCAGGGCAAUAAGAGGCAGGAAUUCAACCUUCUCCACUGACCUCAGCCAGUUUGUAAAUCUUGAUGUUCAAUUGAAUAAACCAAAGCCCAGGAUGAUUCAAAAGCCAGAUGCUGACAAGCUGUACGUUGGAGAGUCUGUGUCCUUUGAAUGUGAAGUGGAAGAAUCGUCUGGUUGGGAAUAUGACUGGUUCAAGGAUGGAAGCCCAGUUCUUAAAAGCAGCAGUAAUUUCAACAUCGAUAAUGCCACCAAGAUGGAGAGUGGGACGUACCACUGCACGGCCACAAGAGACAAGACAAACUACAACACAGAGGAGAGUGAGAAACGGCACUUAUAUGUUUCUGAAAUCCCUGUUCCACACUUGAAGCUAGAAACUCAGUGGUCGGAUGUGUUUCCCGGUGAGACCGUGGAGCUGAGCUGCGGGAUGGAGAUCAGCAGAGGCGACUGGACGUAUACAUGGUUUAAGGACGGAGAGGAAAUCCAGCCGGACACUCACGGGUCUCUUACCAUCGAGUCCGUCUCGUCUUCAGACAGUGGGAGUUACAGCUGCACAGGACAGUUCAAAACCAGGAAUGUCGGCAGCAGCUUCAGCUCUGAACUCACUCUUCAGGUUUAUGAUUCACAGCCCAACGUCACGCUGAUUCAGACCCCUGAGCGUGCGCCGGUGCUGCACACCGGAGACGUGGCCUCGUUUCUCUGUCACAUCAACGUCUCUUCUGGAUGGCAAUACCUGUGGUACAAAAACAACCAGCCGCUCCCCCAAACUGGGCCCAGUUAUACCAUCGAAUCUGUCAGGAUGUCCCACUCAGCAUUGUACAAAUGCCAAGUGAGACGAGGAGCAGACUUUAAGGAAGACAGUCUGGAUUUAAAUCUUAAAGUUGAAGAGCGGCCACAGGCGGAAAUAACCCUGUUAACUGGCUGGUCAGAGGUGUUCUCCACCGACACCCUGGUGCUCCAGUGUGUGGUGAAGGACUCCCACAUGUGGAACUACACAUGGUUCAGGGACGGUCACGAAAUCAACUUACCACUGUCUGAGAAACAUACGGUGACACCCCAGGACGACCCGGAGCAGAGCAGGUACACCUGCAAGGGCGUUCGCUCCGAAAGACCGACUUAUUCAAAAGAGAGUGAGGAGCUCAAGACCAAGAACCUUCUUCUGAAGAGGAGGGUGCUUCUCUCCAUCUCUGGCUGUAUCUUCUUUGGCAUCAUCGCUGUCUUCAUUGGGUGUAUCGUCCUCAGGGUCACACGCAAACCAGCUCCUGAUUCUGAGCGACAGGAGGAAAACCUGUUUCUCACCAUGGCUGAGCUAAAGAUCCGUGGUGAUGCCGUUAGUCCACUGGCCGCCUACAUCACUGAUGAAGAACUGAAUGCACCAGCUAAAGAAGAGGAGAACGGCACCGUGUGCAGUGAAACAACCCCACUGCCAAUCACCACCGAAACGGACAAAGAUGCAACAACUGAGAAUAAAGACAAGGAGGAAAACAAUGGCGAGAUGGUUUCCUUUAAACAAUAGCUCACCAAGACGCUGCCUUUGACAAGAAUAAUAUUGGACAGACCAAAGUUCCACGGACACGGUUUAGCAAAAUCUUGAAUGUCUGGAAAUGGGAGUAGUUGGCUGAAGACCGGCACAAGAGAGAAGAGCUGUCAUCAUAACAUCCUCACACUCACCUGACUCUUCUCAACGCUAAUGUUCUGAAGUUCACCUACGCUUGAAGUACAACAUGAGCAGUAUUUAAAAGUUAAAGAUCGUUUUAGGGGUUUCCUGCUAUAACCCGUGUUUGUCAGUUGGAAAUUUAGACUUUUCCUGCAGUGCUGGAUAAAACUGACAGGAUUCAUCUGCUGUGGACUGAAGUGUUCAUGGACCAA